CUGGAGCUACGGAGCCGCUGAAAGGCGCUUGCACGCAGCUGCCCGAGACGGAUCGCAGCGCUCUCUUUCCUUAUGAAGAAGGCACAAACUUGGAUUAUCACUUGCUUUUAUCUUCAACUGCUCCUACUCAAUCCUCUUGUCAAAGCCCAAAGUCCCUGCGGGAAUCCUGUGACAGAUGAUGUGAAUUACAUUGAAAAACUGGUUGGAAAUCUUCCAAAUGAUUAUAGGAUAACCCUUAAAUAUGUCGAGAAGAUGGACAGUCUGCCUAAUCAUUGUUGGUUGCAUUUGAUGGUCCCUGAAUUGACAAAGAGUCUGAAUAAUCUUCUCCAAAAAUUUCAAAAAAUUUCAGAUAUGUCAGAUGUCUUAAGUAAUUAUUCAAUCAUCAGUAAUCUCGCAAGGAUCAUCAAUGAUAUAAUGGCAUGUCUGUCUCCUAAAAAUAAGAAUUUUAGAAAACAAAAUGAUUAUCUGUAUAAAGAAGAUCAGUUCUUCCCUGAAGACUUCUUUAAGCAUUUUUAUAGCACCAUUGAAGUGUACAAAGCCAUUGCAAAUAAACCAGAGCAGAAUGAGUGUAUUCUGCUUUCAACCACAGAAAUACCCCAAAAUGAGUCCAGAGUCAGCAAGCCCUUUUGGUUACCUCCCGUUGCUGCUAGCUCCCUUAGGAAUGACAGCAGUGGUGAUACCAGUAACAAAGAGGCACUGGGCUUGCUCAGCAGUCCUAGCUUACAAGGAAUCAGCAUAGCACUAACAUCACUGGUGACUCUUUUCAUUGGCUUUAUUUUGGGAGCUCUAUGCUGGAAGAAAGCAACCUGCAGACACAUACUGGAGAAUGACCGGAGUGCACAGUCUGAUGUCUGCCAUGAGGAUAACGAAAUAAGUAUGCUGCAACAGAAAGAAAAGUCAUUUCUACAAGUGUAGCUGUUGUUUUUAUUAUACACUGUUACUGUUUCAUGUCUAGGCAGCUAACAGUUCCAUGUUUGCUUCAUAAAUGAAGCAGCUUUAAGCAUAUUUGUAUUCCCUUCUGGAGUGACAGACUGAGUCUGCACCUUUUGUUGUUGCCCGUGACUCCAUAUUGAGAAUAUAGAGCUGUGGACAAAGAGUGUGCUACUGUGAAUCCAACAUUGAAGUAAACAUCAUCAAAUGAGAGUGCACCAAGAUAUAUGCAGACAAGUAUGGUUGCUUUGCAUCUUGGAAUUUGCAAUCGAUUUUGACAAUGCAGUAAAUACAUGAACAAACAAAUCUGGAUUUAUAUGAUCCAACAUCGGAAGUCCAAAGGAACUUUGCAUUUUGUAGAAGAAAUACUGACAUGGAUGAGAAUAAUACAAUCUUCAGUACUGUACAUAAGAAUCUCAGAUAAAGUUAUGCAAUGGACGAAUGUGCUAGAUUUCUUAUAUCUGGAGAACUAAGUCAUGUUAAAGGAAGUCCACAUAAGAUUGCUUAUUUCUUGAGUAAUAGUUGAAAUUGCAUUUCGUUUCAUAGAAAGUGAACAUAUACUUUGGCAAAGCUAUUAGCAGCCAUUCAGGAGACGUAAUAAACAUUGAAUCACUGGAACAAUUGCAGACGCGGGGCUAUUGCAAUAAGAUGGAACAUUGACUGCUGGGAUACACGGAGACUCCCUUUAAAGUUCCAGUGAGAGAAUGGAAAGAGAAUGACAGUCAGAAUCUGGGAGUGAAAAUUACUAUGAAGCCUAUUAAAAAUGCUUAUGAACAUGCCACUCUCUUCUUGACAUUUACAAAAAUCAGGUCAUCUUGACGAUACCAAGGUUUCGUUUAGCUUUUACUGUAUAACAUAUAAUAUGUGCAAAUAAAUUUUAAGAGUAAUACACAUUUCAUCACUUAGCAUUCUCCAUUAUUUAUGAUUAGUUCAGCUCAAAUAAAAAUGAAAAGCUUUCUUCGGAAUAGUUGUCAGUGUCUUGAUAUUAUUUGUAAUAAAGGCGUGGAAAGCAGAAUGAAGGCUGGAAACAUGUUAAAUAGUUAUAUACAAAUUUUAAGGGAAUACUAAACAUUAUCAACUUUGUAGAGUAUACUUAAGUUAUUUUUUUCCUAUGCACAAGGCUGUGUUCUGUGAAAUAGUUGUAUCACCUCAUAUUCCAAAUUACUAAUACAAUAAGCUUAAACUAUUAUAAAUUUAAUUGUUAAAAUGCUUAUUUGCAGUCCAUUCACAAAUAUAUACUUAAGAAAUGCUUUAUUUAAACAUAAAGACUUUCACAGAUUUAUUUAUUUUCGUAUCUGUCACAAACUAUUAGAAAUAAUAUAUGCAAGCCUAUAGAAAAUAUUUACAGUUGAUCAAAUAACACAGAUAUAUCAUUCCUAAAACCCUGUCUUUGGGGUAGUUUUGGACCCUAUUAGGGCAUAAAGAAUACUGCCAAAUACUGAGAGGAACUGUCUGAGUACUGUCAAUGGAGAUGCAUGGAGAAGGACUGCAUUUUAGUGGUAGAGCACAAGUUUUGCGUCCAAAAGAUCACAGGUUUAAUCCCUGUUAUUUCCUGCUGAAACGUCUCUAGCAGAUACCGAAAAGAGCUUGCUUUGAGAGUCUGGAAAGCCACUACAAGUCAAGAGUCAAUGAUGCUGAGUUAGAGGUACCAGUGGUCUGACUUGAUGUGCAUUUUAGAUGCACACUCAAAUCCAUGUUAUGAUGCUAAUUACUGGAUUUGCUAGAGAGGGCUUUUCAAUGCAAAUACGGAUAUACAUCCAUAUCUGAGUCCACUGGUUGUUGCUUAUCUAGUUGCUCACAACUGCAGAUAAAUUAAAAUCUACAGCUGUGAAUUCCAACUGACCUUUUUAGAGUCGCUAUUAUGAAAUCUGCAAAUCUAAGUACACAGAAAGAUUUGCUUGAAUUGUGUUCUAUUACAGGUCCUGACAAGGCAGAAACCAGACCCUUGGUCAAUAGUAACAUGCCCCAAUAAUUAACUAAACACUUUAUAAACAUGCACAACAUUUCACAUUCCAGCAAGUGUUCUAAAAGAAGAUUAUGUCUGCAAUACCUGAAACCUGCUUUUUCUAACUUUCAGUAGGGAACAAAGAACCUAUUUGUGUUUCAUCAAUAUCAUUCUGAAGGUAAUAUUGCAAACCUGUUGGAAAUCAUAGUACAUAUUGUACAAAGCUUAGUUAUACAGAAAGGUUUAUAACAAUGGCACAUUCUUUCUACCCUUACAACAGAACAAGACAAAUUUAAGGUCAAGAGGCAUUCACGGAGCCAACUAAAAAUUCCAAGUAUAAUCCUAGUGGCAUUACCAUGCUUGCAUAACUAUCAUUGUUCACAUUUUGAAUUUAAAUAACCCCCAUUAGUGCAAGUGGAAUAGCAUUCCAUCAAAAUUGAAGCUGAAUAAUUAUUUUGACAGUUUGUACAUUUUCUUAGCUUUUUCUGCUUGAAAGGUUUGGUUGAGUAGUUUGGGCCAUCUCGGCUAAAUGUCAUGAUGAUGAAAUAUCUGGAGAGUGUUGCACUGCAUAGGAUUGCCAUUUGGUAACCUAAUUUUGAUUGUUUUAAUGCAUUUAUUUGGCAAUGUGUUAUGGUUAUAUUCACACUCACUUCCCUCUGUCUUUGUUUCUCUUUGCUCUCUCUCUCCUUUACAGUUUAGUGUGAUAGGGCAAGAACUUGAAUUCUGGAGUUGCCAGAAUAUUAUUUUAUUAGGUCAUGAUUCCAUCUCAAAGGCAAAAUUGGUAUCUUUAUUCCAGAGGCGGACUUAGUCCUAUCGCAGCAGCAAUCUGUGGAAAACCAACAAGGAAAAUAUAUCAAUUUGGUUAUGUUACCAGAUUUGCAGUUUUUCAUGGCAAGCUUGGCAGAGUUGGUCACCUUUCCCAGGUUUAAGUUUCUGCUUUACUUCAACAAUUCUUGAACAUUUUUAAAGGAACUAUUCACACUUGGGUAGAGAAAGGGCAAACACUCUUCAUAAAGAAUAAGCAUGCUGACAAGAAAACAUACCAGAGAGAGAUCUAGUUUGGUGUAGUGGUUAAGAGAACUCUUAAUCUGGAGAACAGGGUUUGAUUUCCCACUCUUCUGCUUGAAGCCAGCUGGGUGAACUUGGGUCAGUCACAGCUCUUUGGAGCUCGCUGAACCCCACAGAGGGCGAUUGUUGUGGGGAUAAUAAUAACACACUUUGUAAACUGCUCUGAGUGGGCAUUAACGCUGUCCUGAAGGGCGGUAUAUAAAUCUAAUGUUAUUAACAGUUGUGACCCAUUCAGAAUUAGGAUUGUGUUUUUCAAAGCAUGGCAUGAUUUCUUCAGAAGAAAUGUUUUAAAACCUCUUUGAGUAAGGUAUACAACACUUUGUGGAAUGAGGGGUUAUAUAUUCCCCUGUAUAUCAGGUGAAUUCACUCAAAUUUUGUGAGUUGUUUGAUUUUGUGAGGACAGGAACUACUGUUGGAGAGAAGAUUUCAAUAUGCCUUUUUACAAUGGUGUUUACUUGAAUAACUUGCAGUGCAGUCUAAUGCAGAAUUAUUCUAGUCUGAGCUCAUUGAAAUCAGGGUUUAAACAGGAAUAAAUCUACAUAAGAUUGUUCUGCUAAUGGUACUUACUUUACUGAAGGUCUGUUUUAGACAUAAAAUGAAUGUCCCAUCCUGUAAACUAUGUGUAUAUUCCUUUCUCUCUUAAAUAUGUUGAGACUCUCCAGACUAUGUUUCUCCUGAAUGUUUAAUCAAAAAACGACUUUUCUAUUAUUUCAGCCAUUUGGAAUGAGAAUUACAUGAUAGUUCUCCUGCAUAACUAGGAAUUGCAUUCACCUAUAUUCCAGAAGAAACUGUGUUAAAUACAUUUAAGUUUUUGGAACUCAGCAGUUUCAGACUUCUCCUUGGAAAGAGGGCAGUUGCUGAUUGUAUCAUGGUUAAAAGCAUGUAUAUAUUGAUGUAAACAUCAACACAAACUUGUGAACUUGUAACCUAACUGAAGAUUAAUCAACCACGUUUAUAAAAUGUAAUGUGUAUGUAUAUAUGUGUCCUCUUAAAAAUAGAUGUAUACUCUUGUCCUUUUUUAUAUUGGUUGAAUCUGGAAGUACAUUAUAUACAUAUACUUUAUUGUUCUAAAUAAAGAAUUUUAUGCACUGUU